AUGCGUUCUACCUUUUUUUCUCUCUGCGUUUGGACGGCAUUCCUUGCAGAGUGCGCACACGCCGAAGGCCCAAAUGCAUGCUCCAAAAGCCCCUACGAAGCGUCUCGGGUUGGCAAAGCGGUAUACUUCCAAUUGAAUGAGCAACACAACGCUGUUGUUUCAAUUCCGAUUGGAACUGACGGAACGCUCCAUGGCGGUGUGAUCACCAGGACGGAUGGCAUGGGAAGUGAUGGUAUCGACGGGGCUACCAUGAUGCCUGCUGGCCCAGAUGCGCUCUCAUCACAGGGCUCAGUGGUAGUAAACGACAAUUAUCUUUUCGCCGUGAACGCUGGAUCGAACACUCUCAGCAUGUUCAAAAUUGACGCGAAUGAUGCCACAAAACUGUCUAUGAUUGGAAUGCCUGCUGCCAUCCCUGGUGACUUCCCUGUCACUGUUGCCGCUUCGGUCAAGCGAAAUGUGGUAUGCGUGGGAUACACUGGAGCGAAGGCCGGCACUUCUUGCGCUUCAUUCACGCCCGAUGGUAUCAACCAGAUGGAACAAGUUCUUGAUUUUGAUCUUGGACAGACAACACCCCCGACUGGGCCCACAAACACUGUCGCUCAGGUGUUUUUCACCGCAAAUGAUACUCGCCUAAUUACCACUGUCAAAGGGGAUCCGACUACCAAUAAGACCGGUUUCAUCUCAGUCCUGCCAUUCAAAGACUCAUGCUCUACGGACUUUGAGCUCCAUGAUACUCGAAGCACUCCGUCUGGAACUGCCGUGUUAUUCGGUGGUGUCAACAUCCCCGACACCUCUGAUCUUUUUAUCACGGAUGCGUCUUUCGGGACCACACUUCUCGACCUCAACCCAACUACAGACACAGUAUCUCUACAGAGUAAGGUCAUCAUUGAGGGCCAAAAAGCGACUUGUUGGGCCGCUUAUUCACAGGCGAGGGAGAGCUUCUUUGUCACCGAUGCCGCAACCAACCGACUGAUUGAGAUCAGUGAAGAUGGAUCCAGCAUAAUGUCCAUCCUUGAUUUGAACAAUGGAGAUCCUGGGAUGGUUGAUCUUCAGACUUCUGGUCGCUUUGUUUACGCGCUUUCACCCGGCAAUGGCACCACACCUGCUGCAAUCACGGUAGUGGACUCGUUCAAGGGUCAACAGAUCCAGCAUUUUAAGCUUGACAAGUUGGGAGCGGGGAAACUUUCCCAGGGCAUGGCUAUCCUUGAGUGA